AUGAGCGAACUCCUCACCUACAUCCUCAACAAUGAGGAUGCCUUCCGAAGAAACCGCCUCCCCUCCCUCUACUCCGAUUUCGCCCUCCAGAAGAAGACAAACCCAGAUGGAUACGCAGUCAACGUUGCUGCCUGGGAGCAGGCCUUGAAUCACGCCGCCAAGCGCGGGUAUACCUCGUCGCGCGGCGUGCGCGUACGCUCUGGGUCCUCGGCGUCGCAAAAGAACGCGGGUCCAGGUCGAAAGAAGACCGAUCACCUUAUUCUACGUACAGAUGAGUCAUUACUACGAGAUUUAGAGGUUCUAGAGUGGGGCAGACCGGUGGCACUUGGUGCUGUCUUUGAGGAAGCGAUGGGCAAGCGAACCAUGGUCCCGUUACCAGUCUAUAAGACCGACCCUGGGUGUCUGCGCAAAAGUCAAUGGAGACUUAUUGAUCCUGGCGCGUUAAGUCCGUGGAGUGUUAUGAGUUGGGGCGCGCGGCAGUUGAAGGGGAUGGUGGUGGGGUCUGAUGACUCGGCGCCGAAGAUCCAAGUUCAGGAAUUGGUGCUAGUCGAGAAUUUGCAGGAGGCUGCCUCUUUGGCUAUUAAGAAGGCUACUGGUGGCACUUCAUCCAAGCUCGAUCUGAUCUACUCGAAAGAGAGCUUUGUCGAGGGAUUCGCGACGAUACUACACGAUUCAACAGAAUUAUCUGAUUCGGAUUUUGAUGUUCUUCUGGUUUAUCUAUCCCGCGACUGCGGCGCCAUUGCUUAUGAUGGCAAGCCUAUGUUGAUACUGACCAGAGAUGGCCAGACGAUUAAAUUCAAAUCUGCGCAUGAGCCUCCGCACAUCACGCAGCAGGACGCAACCAUUGCCUCUAUCAAGACUCUUGUAUCGACAAUCUCGAAGCAGGUUUCGGAUCUGGAAGCGAAGAUUGAGGGAUUGAAUGCAUCUGCGAAGGCCGCACUGGCCAACAAAAACCGUGUCUCGGCGCUGGCUGCAAUCAAGUCUAAGAAGAUGGUCGAGCAUAACCUUCAGCAGCGACUGAACACUCUGACACAGCUCGAGGAGGUCUAUUCGAGAAUUGAACAGGCUGCCGGUCAGGUGGAGAUCGUACAAGUCAUGGAAGCGAGCACCAGCGUUCUUCGCGGGCUACAUACGCAGAUUGGCGGUGCCGAGAGAGUCGAAGACGUGGUCGAAGGACUGCGCGAGGAAAUGUCCAAGGUCGAUGAGAUUGGCGGCAUCAUGAACGAAGCCGCGCCGGUCAUUGAUGAGGGUGAAAUUGAUGACGAGCUCGAGGCUCUAGAGAAGAUCGACCAGAAGACGAAGGAGGAUGUGGAAGCAGAGGAAACGAGGAAGAAGCUUGCGGAGCUCGACAGUAUCAAGCAAGCCUCGGGGGAUGCAGCUCGUCAGGCCCAGGCGGGAAAAGAUCUCGACAUGGAGUUGGCAGACAGGCUCUCCAACAUGUCGGUUGAGGAGCCGAUCCCGGAGAAAUAG